AUGGACCUUUCUGAUGUAAUUGCCGAUCCACUGGUUCGCUUGCAACGAAAGUACUACUACCUUCUUUGGGUGCCUCUGCUCUGGCUGGCGUUGCCCACUGCGCUUCCGGUCUACUUGUGGGGUGAAUCACCUUUUGCCUCCUUCAUCCUUUGCGUCAUUGCACGCUACACUAUCUCGCUGCACGUCAUCUGGCUGGUCAACUCCUGGGCACAUCUCUUUGGAGCGAGACCGUACAAUGAAAAGUUGGCUCUAGUGGAGGCCACCUCAAUUCGGCAUUUAGUGAUAGGCGAAGGUUUCCACAACUAUCAUCCCGCUUUUCCGGGCGACUACUCUGCCUCAGAGUUUGUCCCGGCCGAUGUUUUUAACCCCGCCACGCUGUUGAUUGAUUGUUUCGCGUCUAUUGGCUGGGUUUGGAACCUGAAAAAAGCAGAUCCAGAGUUGGUUCAGAAGAUAGCGA